UUGGAGCUACAUCUCAAUUAUUCCUGAAGUCCAUGGCCAAAAAUGCAUUUAUAGAUCCCUAACAUUAUUUUCUACAUUUCGCGCUUUGUGUUUGUCUGUUCGUCUUUUGAAAACAAUAAUUAAUUUGAAGAAAAAAAAUGAGUGGUUCGGAUAGUGUUUUUAAUAAUUUACGACAAAAAUUAAAUGUCUUGGGUUAUCACCAAACGCUGCCGUUGUCCGCCAUACCAUUGGUUGGUUGUCUUUUCGAUGAUCUGGUCAAGACCACAGAGAGUUUAAGGGACUCGAAACAAAAAAUCAUGGAAUUAUUGGAGGAAAAAUCCUGUUGGGAGUUGGGCGUUGAACCCUAUAAAUGUGAUAAUGCACGAUUGUUACAGCAAAAUAAUCAAUUGCAUAUACAAACAGUGCAACAGCAGGAGGAAUAUGAGGAUAAAAUAAGAGAACUCAGUUCCCAGCUGAGAGACCUGCAAACUGAUAAAUUCCAUUUACAACAGCAAUUAGAGCAGCUACAACAGCAAUUGAAAACACAAAAUCUUAAGCAAUUGGCCAGUGGUAAUAUGAAAUAUGGCAAGGAUACAAAAGCCAAAAAACCCUUUAUAACUGCCGUACGUUCCGGAGACCAAUUGCCCGCAUUACUGCCACUGCAAGAACAUAAUUCAAAUUUAAAAUGCACCAAAUGCAAUCUUUUGGGUUAUGGCCAGAAAAAUGAUGGCUCAACCCAGACAAAGUCCCAACAAAAGGAAAUGGAAAAAUUAGAAAAUGCCAAUAGGGAUCUAAUGGAAAACCUGAAAUUUUAUCAGAAAAAGAUUGAGUCCCGUGAUCGUGAAAUUGCCCGUUUAAAUGAUCUACUUGCGGGUGGUCGUCCCCCCGCUGCUUUGGCCCGUGAUUGUUGCUACAAAAAUGUCGGAAAUAUGAACGAAGAUCUUGAAAUGUUACAACGUGAAAAAAUGGAUUGUUUAACGCGAAUGCGUGAAUUUCAAGAACAAAUGCAUGAGGCAAUGCAAAGAGCCUUGGAUUUGGAGAAAACCAAUAGAUCAUUACAAUCACAACUGGACGAACUCAAGGAGGCGGCAUUAUUGGUGGAAACAGAGGCCAACAAUGAGAUAUCACAACGUGAAACUGAAAUUGAAAUGCUUAAGCUGCAAUUGCGACAAAUGCAGGGUAAACACAAGUCGGCCGUUGCGGAGAAAUCCAAAGGGGAUUAUAAAAAGGAAAAAAAUAGGGUCGAUGAUGGCAUGGCAAUGGAUAAACAUAAAUUCAAUGAGAAAAUCAAUGAAUUGACACAAAAAGAAUCCGAACUCAAAAUGGAAAAUGAGCAUUUGCAAAAGAAGGUCUCCAAAUUGAAAACUAAGUUACAAUCUCUACAAAAGGAACUCAGGGAAACCGAAUCGCAACAUUCCCAAAAUUUAGAUGAGGAAAAAAUUCGCCUUAAAUCCGAAAGAGAUUUCUUUCAAAAAGAAUAUUUACGUCUUCUCAGUAAAGCUGGCUCGGAUAAGGAAAUUGAAUUUCUUCAAUCUCAAAUUAAAUCCAAAGAUGAAGAGUUACGCCUACUGAGAUCGGAGCUAUGCACGCGACCCACACUGCCGCAACAUGCCUUGGUCCCAUGCUAUAAAGAUGCCCAAAGUCAUCAUCAUUUGAAUUUACCCACAUCUCAGCCAUCGUCGGCUCGUUCGGGCACAUCCAGUGCCAGUAGUGAUUGUGUACAGGCGGCCAUAUUGCGGGUGGAGCGAGAACGUGAUUGUGCCCGGGCCGAAAUGGAAAGAUUGAAAUGUGAAAGAGACACCCUGCGCGAAAAGCUGUUGUGCACCACAAAAAUGCAUGACGAACAGAUGCAUAAGACCCAGGAACGAUUUGAAGAGCUCAACGAUCGUCUGCGCCAAUUGGAAAGGGAAAAGCGGGAAUUGCAGUCGGCUCGAAUGCCAACCGAGACACAAAUUGUUAUGCUUAAGGAAGAACUUGAGGUCUACAAACAGCAACAAUAUCAAUUGAGGGAGGAGAAUAAUAAGCUGCAAACCAGUUAUAAUCAAUUGAAAAUCCUGCAUGAGCAAACUGAACGCACCUUGGGUGAUUAUCAAAAUAAGCUAUUAUAUGCUGAGCAACAGCUGGAGGCCACAAAUCGCCGUGUCAAUACUUUGGAUACAAAUCGUGAUACAGCCCGGGAGGAAGCCCUGCAAUUGCGCAGCGAAGUUAAGGUGCUAAAGCAAACGUAUGUUGCAUUGGAAAAUGAAAAGGAUAAAAUUUUGACACAACUUGAUGCGAAAACUGAAAAAGUCUAUCAACUGGAAUAUGAGCUAAAGGCGUGUAAGGAAAAGCGUAACUCUUUGGAGAAGGAGGUCACCGAAUUGGAGGAUAAGCUGAGACAACUCUCAUCUCAAACCCGUGAACGCAACACCGAAUUGCAUGAAACUUCGAAUGAGAGCAAGAGUCUACGUCAACAGCUGAUGGCCUUGAAGACCAGCCGCGAUCAAGCCAUACAGGAAAAUGUACGCCUGAGCAAUGACUUGGCUGAGAGUCAAGCUGAAGUCUCUACGCUUCGGAAACAGCUGAAGGAUUCAGAGAAGGAAAUUGAACGUCUCAAACAGCAAUUAAGGAAAUAUGUUGAAGAAGUUAAAAAGGCGGAGGAUUUGCUGAUGAAUAAGGAAAAAGAACGCGAAGAAAUGUUGGAACACUACAAGAGUCUGUCCCAUGAUGCUGUUCUGCUGGAGGGCAAUAAUCAAAGUUUGGAAAAUGAAACGGCCGAGUAUAGACGUCAAGUUGCCGAAUUAGAUGCUGAAAUUUCCGCCCUAAAAACCGAAUUAAACUGCCGCAAUAAAUUAAUAUCCGAUUUGGAGGAUAAGUUGACGAAGCUCACUGCCAAAAACGCCUGUUUGGAACGCCAGCUAGCCGAGUGUCAGGAUGAACAGCGUAUCCUUAAAACCGAUUUGGAGGCACGCAAAGAGUUGUGCGAUAAGUUGGACAAUGAAAAGGAUAAGCUAAAUGCGGAACUGAAUGAGCUGAAUGAUGUUAAGAGGAAGCUGGAAAAUGAAAACGAACGUUUACGCCUAGAUCUGGACAAAACCGAAAAGGGUAAGCAAAUAUCGGCGGAAACCUUAGAAGAACUAUUAGCCAAAACUCGACGUGAUUUGGAGGAACAAAUCAAAGUUGAUAGUAAAUUAAGUCAAGAAUUGUUACAGAUGAGGAAACAGAAUGAACAACUUUUGCACGAUCUGGAAACUGAGCGACAGAAACGGGAACAGAACGCAACAUUGGCCCGUGAAUUCCAGGUGCAAAAUCAAGAGCUGCGUCACAAUCUCACCGAUGAUCGUUUUCGUCAGGCUCGAUCGCGCGAACAGAGUCCACGUUUUCCCAUACAAACAUUGUAGAAAAUUAUAUUCAUUUUUUAAAUGUUUUUUUCUUUAUUUAUCAACUAUUAAAAUGUUAUUAAGCUAUUUCAUUUAACAUAAAUUAAAAUCAUUGUUAUAUAGGAAAAAUAAAAAAAGAGAAUGCAAAAA